UUUGUCCUUAUCGUGUUUAUCCUUUCAUCCAACAUUUCUCUCGGAGAAUUUUUUCUUCUUUUUACACGGAGAAUAUUUUUCUCGGCGGCUGCGAUGUCGACGAUUUCGAUCCAUCGGACUGAGCUGCUUAGAAUCACGCACAAUCGCUCGCGAAUUUCUCGGCAGCGAUAUAGGAGAACUAUUCCUCCAUGGCGAAUGAUGAUCAAUUCGAGAUCUUCUGAGACGACUAAGAAGGAUGAACUCUCUGUUAAGAUUCCUCAAGUUGAUCAAUUAAGGUCUGAGGGUUUGAGAUUCGACCGUUUGCAGCCUCCCGAGCAUGAGCUUUUCCAGCAAGAUCGAUUGGAUUUUGGUAAAUUCGUAGCACGAGAAGCCAUUCUUGAUGAAGAAUACUGGACAGCAGCGUGGCUACGUGCAGAGAGUCACUGGGAAGAUCGUGCCAAUGAAAGGUAUGUUGACAACUUCAAAAGGAAAUUUGCAGAGCAGGAGUUCAAUGCAAUAAAAAGAAGAUGUAAAGGGCUCCAAGGCCAGAAAUGUUCCUGUAUCGUUGCGGUAAAGAAGGAAGAGAAGCACAUUAAACGUUCUGUAAUCAAAAGUGUGGUUGGGACGCUUGAUUUGAACAUUCGUUUUUUCUUGCAAGGAGAGAACUUUCCUGGGGAAAAGGUGAAGUCUCAAUUGUUCUGCACCAUAAACCGAGAAGGAUCAAACAGGUAUGGUUAUAUUGCUAAUCUAUGUGUUGCCAAAUCAGCACGCCGCCAGGGUAUUGCUUGCAACAUGUUGCGUUUCACUGUCGAAUCAGCCAGAUUGAGUGGAGUUGAGCAAGUAUAUGUUCAUGUACAUAGAAACAAUUUAGUUGCUCAGGAACUAUACAAGAAGACUGGUUUCGAGGUCGUUGAAAUGGGACAGUCUGAAUCAUCAGAUGAUACAUUCUUGCUCCAGUGCACAAGAUAACUCGCAAGAAACGAUGUGUGUUGUCUCUCUUCCCUUUCUUUACUUUUUGUUUUGAGAAUGGGAUAAUAGAGAACCAAAACGCAGAAAAGUGAUUGUUAAUACGGUUCUAUAUCAUGUAAUGUCUAAAGUGGAAUGUGUGAUAAAAGUUUCAUGUACGAUUGUUGUAGAUAAAUUUACAUUAAGCUUUGGAUUUAAACCACAAA